AUGUCCGGAAUAUCCUUGAGCUUGAAGGCCAAGUCAAAGAGCAAGAAGAAAAGUACUGUUAGGAAGCGAGGUAAUGCAUUUACCGAUGACAAGGAAGCUGACCGCAAUAGUAAGCGUGUUAAGAUAAAGAUAACGGAGGUUGAGGCUUAUAAAGAACCUCAGGAAGAAGCACUAGUAAUACCACUAGCUGUACCAUCUGGCGCCUCAAGAGAAUUGACUCUUACUACAUCUGAUGAAAAGAGCGAAAUAAACUACGGCUUAAAUGUACAGCAGGAUCACAAAGUGACCUCGUCAAAUGCUAGGGUAGUGAAUUCUACUGGUAUGAGUGAUAUUUUGGAUAUUACUAAACUUCCCGAAGCAACUGCUCAGGAUGAGUAUGAUGAAGUCCCUGUAAAUAUGUUUGGUGCAGCUCUACUUCGUGGUAUGGGAUGGACGGGUACUAAUUAUGAUGAUGAAGAUAAUGACCAGGAUCGUGAAAAAUCAAACAAUAAAACUGCAGUACGACCUCAUCACGGCGUAGCUCGCCCUGAAUUUGUAGGCAUUGGUGCUAAAGUGCAGCAGUCGAAUACCGAGGAAACGCGCAGAGGCUCUGGCCUUGAUAAAUUCAUGCCAAUUGUGAGAGUCGAGCAUCCAUUUACAAAUGAAAAGUCUAAAUAA